AAGAUCCUCUCGAGAUAUCCGCGAACGAAGGUUGCACGUGCGUGAGUCGGUCGCGAAUGGGUCGUACGCGGUUUCUCGUAAGGUGGAAAGAUAGCGGAGGGUUCGGUGGCGCGCGUGCACGAGGCCGAGGAGAACCGAGAGGUUGGGGCUCGGUGGUUCUGUCAACGAGUGUGCCGGAUCCGUAGGACAUCGGACGGCAGCUGGUCCCGGAUCUCGUCGAGGGAGGAAUACGCGAAAGGAGAUACUGACUGGGGCGGAAGGAAGAGGAUACCAUCGUCGUCGAUUCGGGAGGAAGCGAGAUAGCCGGCAGAAACGCGAGAGAUCGAGAGGCAGGAGCAGUCACGGAGGCAGAGCGAGAGCGAGAGAGAGGUGGAGUGAACGGGCGAUAAUCGAGGAUUUGAAUGGGUGGGCCGGGAGCCGGUAGGGUUAGCAGGCACGAGCUGAACGCGGUGCCAAAGAGCCACGUCGGUCACGGGGAUCGGACCCUCGUAAUCGGCGAGCCAGCAGCGCCAGCAUCGCAAGGCUGUCGGUGUCACUCGACUUCGGAACGCGCGAUCUCGGCAUCCGGCCUCGUCCCCGCCCAGCUGCCGCCUUCGCCGCCGCCUCUCGCCUCGCUGCACAUCGCCGACAACAGCUGCGCUGCCUUCGGCAACAACAAUACCACCGGGACGCCGAACGCGGUCUCGGACGGUACCAAGGCUGCUGCGACCAUGUCCUCGCCGCCCAAGCACCGAAGGGGCUUCGACCCCAACGACGUCAACGCCAACGACUAUCGCCGUUAUCGUCGCGUUAAGACGAGACGAGGCUUUGUAUGUUCCACACCGUGGCCUUGGGCGCCGGACACAGAACUUCCCCGACAUCCCCCGACAUAUAUCCAUCAGCACGAGGCAUUAAAACAUACACACAAGCUUGCGAUGUUCGAUGUUGGACCGCUUACUGGUUGUGCCCCCGACACGAAAAUCCGACGAAAGUCGAAACGAACGACAUAACGGAAAUCGAACGAAACACCUAGCGAUACCUUGCGCUUCGUGGAUACGAUACGCAUCGAGAGCGAGCGUUGCUUUCCGACUCGAAAUCCAGCGUGCGUCUGCAACGGCACGCCGUGAAAAAAAAAUCGGCUAUGCGAUCGUAAAGAGAAAGAGCUGCGUGGCGCGAGCAGAAUAUUGGGUCUCGUCGCUCUCCCGAUGCUUUCGAUCGAGGCUUGGAAUGCGAUGCAGCGGAAUGGAAUGAAACGGAAUGAAGAGCCUUGCACCUUGGACGAUAAAGCUUUCGCGCACUCCUCGAUUACCACCUGCUCGUGGACCGGAGAAGAGACGACGCGACCGCUCUCUUCUCCCACGCGGCGAAUACCUGAAAUGCUUAGUUCGAUGUGUCGACUCCAAAGAGAAUUGCCUUCCGCUCGCGAAUUGUGCGAGGAAACGCAGGAAAUCGGAAUCGAAACCGCUCCGGAAUCGACCGCCAUCCCAUCGUCGUCACCCUUACCCACCCGCCGCCGCCUUUCGCGCCGAGAGAAACGAUCGCGACGAUUCUAGUCGAGUUUCAACGACGGAGAUCCGAAAAACGUAAACUAAAACUAAACUGUUCACGUGUAUGGAGACUCGCGUUUCGAUUUUGACACCAUUCGACGCCGUUUUCUCUCGGUGCGCACGACGCUGUGUUUUCAACUGUUCACCUCGUCGAUCGUUUCGCGGCUAUAAACGUGGUAUUCUCGACGUUCUGUUUUUGUCGUUUUUUUAUUCCGAAAGGAUCGCAUGCACGAGUUGUUUUCGAUAUGUAUUGCGUGUCGCAAGGUGAGUGGAUGAUUGUUCGCUGGGAACCGUAGCAAAUUUAGGCGCGACGCUGUCACAGCUGGCAGCGACGCGACGAAGGGCGUAGAAACACGCGCGGGAUAGUUGACACGUACCUACAAAUUGCGAGUGUGCGUCGCCACCCUCGCUCUUCCCAUUCGAUAAUUAAUACCGUCGCGCUCGUUCGCGAACGAACACCGAAAUACGCGGGAACUUUUAUUCCAGCGAACCUGGACCAGUGUUCGCGACGAAGUCGAUCGUGCGAUUUUGUACGGAUUCGUACUUGGAUCGAAUGCGAGUACGCGGCACGAGGAGACACGAAUUUUUUCGGACGGGAAUCGCAUUCCCCCGUGAACUAUGCGAGGCAGUGGUUUCCAAAUCUCUCGGAUGCCGUGGCCCCGUCGUUCGUUUUCGAAACUGGAGUCGUUUGAUUUCGAAGACGGAUGGAUAUCGAUGCGUCGUCCACGUUUUUUCCGUGUUAAAAGUUUCGCGUCGCGUCCCCUAUGGCUCUCUUGGGGUUGCGCCCCCUAGUUUGGAGAGCACCGACGUAACACGUUGAUAACGUUUAGCUAAAAAUACGCGAGCUUCUCGCUGCAAUUUUAUCCGUUUCCCGCGGCGAAACGUAAUUUCCAUCGAACUUCAAUCCGCGACGUGUUUGCUCAACGUCGAUCGCGAAAUUGUAAGAAACCUCUGUCCGCGCGACGAUUCAAUCGUUCGCGAUUAAAUAUCAUACAUCAUGCAUCGAGCGCACCACACCCAUCGACUUG